GCGAGGAAAAUGGCGGAGCUGUUGCUGGGGCAGCACUGCGGGGUGCCGGACUGCCGGCAGUUGGAUUUUCUCCCCUUUGUAUGUGAUGGCUGUUCAGGUGUUUUCUGUCUUCAGCACAGGAGCCGGGAUGCUCAUGGGUGUUCUGAGGUGAAUAUAAGAAACAACUCUGUGAAACCAGAUCAGCACAGAUCUUACCUAUGCUCAUAUAAGGACUGCCAAGCGAAGGAACUUUUGCCAGUUUUAUGUCCCUACUGUGAAAAACAUUUUUGCCUGAGACAUCGGCAUCAGUCGGAUCAUGAGUGUGAGAAACUGGACACACCAAAACCUCGAAUGGCUGCCACUCAGCAGCUAGUUAAAGAUAUUAUAGAUUCUAAAAAAAAUGAAGACAUAAAAAGCAAAAAACGCAAAGGAGCAAGGAACAGUGAAACAGCAGCAAAAGUGGCAUUAAUGAAACUGAAAAUGCAUGCAUGUGGUGACAAGUCCUUGCCUCAGGCGGAAAGAAUUUACUUUCAAGUUCUUUUACCAAAGGGAAACAAAGAGAAAAGCAAGCCUAUGUUCUUUUGCAGUAAGUGGAGUAUUGGCAAAGUAGUAGAUUAUGCAGCUUCCUUAGCAAGCCUUAAAAAUGACAACAACAAAUCAACAGCCCAGAAAUUGAGGUUAUGCCAUAGUGCCUCUGGAGAAGCCUUGCCAUUUGAGCACACAUUGGAAAAAUGGCUGUCUGAUGAAGAUUAUCCAUUAUUCAAUGGUGGAAAUAUAAUUCUGGAGUAUCUUGAUAACGAUGUUUUAUUUAUAGAAGACACAGAGUCAUACUUAAGUUAGUAACUUAUUGCAAAUAAAACAACAAAAGAUCUUCUAGAAGUGUGGUAUUCAAACCAAGACCGGUUUCUUCCUCGUGGCAUCACAGAAUGGCUUGAGUUGGAAAGGACCUUAACAAUGAUCUAGUUUUAAGCCUCCAGCCAUUGGCAGGAUUUCCACCCUUACAUCACUGUAUGCCAGAAUCUGUUCUUACCUCUUGAACACUCAGUUUCCAUGAAUUCUUCAGUUGCAUAAUUGGCAGAACUAUGUCCUGAAAGGACAACUGGUUGCUACAAUAACUCGUAUUACAGAUACUCACUAGCUAAAAUGAACUCUUGCUUUAUUGACAUUUUGCAGCUAAAUAACAUUUUUCUAAAUUUUAUAUGUAUUUAUUUUUGUGUAAACGAUGGCUGAAUUAUGUACUGAUAAAUAUCGAAGAUGUACAAUU